UCCUCUGUGACUCGCACACACCAGUCAUGAUGCGCAAACUGGCCGUGUCCAACUUUCUGCAGCAGAGCCUGGCCCACCUAGAGAGCGCCGGGCUGACAAUGUCGUCAGCAGCCACCUCCUCGAGCACGGUGAAAUGUGACAACAGGGAGAACGCCGAGGAGGCCGGCAGCACGUGCUCCUCGCCGGCUGGCCACACCAUGGUGCGCCAAGAUACGGCCGGAAAGCUGCCGCCGCACCCCAAGGCCGCAUUUUGGCAGAAUCGGUCAGUGUCGCUACUGGACAUGUACAUAGACAACUCGGAGCCCUCAGAGAACAUUGGACAGAUUCAGUUUAGCCUGGAGUACGACCACAUCAACAGCACGCUGCUGCUGCGCAUUAUACAGGCCAAGGAGCUGCCUGCAAAGGACUUGUCCGGCACGUCAGACCCAUACGUGAAAGUGACGCUUCUGCCUGACAAAAAACACAAGCUGCUUACUAAAAUAAAACGGAGAACACUUCACCCCAGAUGGAAUGAAACGUUUUAUUUCGAAGGGUACCCGGUUCACAAAUUGCAGUCGCGUGUUCUCCAUCUUCAUAUAUACGACUACGAUCGAUUCUCCCGGGACGACUCCAUAGGAGAGAUACAUCUGCCACUGGGCCAGGUGGACCUCAAUGAGAAGCCGACCUUCUGGAAGGCGCUGAAGCCGCUCGACAAGAACAUCUGCGGCGACUUGUUGUGUUCGCUGUGCUACCAUCCCAGCAAUAGCCAGCUGUCGCUCACCAUACUCAAGUGCCGCAGCCUUAAAGCCAAAGACAUCAACGGCAAGUCCGACCCCUAUGUGAAAGUGUGGCUCAACUUUGGCGAAAAGAGGAUUGAGAAGCGGAAAACGCCAGUGCAGAAGUGCACCCUGGAGCCAGUAUACAACGAGACGUUCAGCUUCGAGGUGCCAUGGGAGCGGAUCCGCGAGUGCAGCCUCGAUGUCAGGGUCAUGGACUUCGACAACGUCGGCCGUAACGAGCUGAUCGGACGCAUACUGCUGGCAGGGAAAGGCGGCACCGGUCAGCCAGAAGUCAAACACUGGCAGGACAUGAUCUCCAAGCCGCGUCAGACGGUGGUACAGUGGCACAGACUCAAGGGAGAGUGAGCGUCGGUGGGCCAGCGCCGCCGCCGGCACGUCCACGUACAUACCCAUGGCUAGUGAGAGGAGGGCGGCGCGGCAGCCCGGCCGCGCCCGCGCCGGUACAAACGGCACGCCGCGCCGGCCGCCGCCGCGCAGCCGUCGGCCGCGGGGGGCCAGCCGCAUGGCCCGCUGGGCCCAACCCCAUCUACGAAUGUCUGACAAAGUGCGUGUUCAUGGGGAGAACUCGGACGCAGCUGGUGGAGUUCGAUCUCGGCUUUCUGCUGUUAGUGACUGUGAAGGCCAAUUUUGUUCGCCUGCGCCGACCAGCGCCGUUGUGCUUGUACCGCGUCUGUGUUGGUGCUGCGAAACUGACUGCCGACUGGGCCACGUGUGUUCUAGUUUAGCCUGAACCUGACAGUAGCACUGUGACGCAACCACAUGAUCGUUUUAUGUUUCGUUUACCAACGAAUUUCAAUGAACAUCGACGUCAGAUUAGGGCGAAGAGCCAAUGCAUUCACAAUGGGUCAGUGAAUAUGUUGUUUAGCCCGCCAGCAAAAGAGUUGGUUGGUCAGCCCACCUAAGAUUCUUACAGAUCAGGUUGGGACGCGAGUCACGUGAUCCUUUUUCUGCUUUUCCCAACCCUACUCACGAUUUUCAUAAGCCUCGAUUUAUUCCUUGCACAAAAGCGUUUGUAGUUAUCUUAUAUACCGGAAACGGGGGUGACUUUGCCUUGACUUUGCCGGGGGUGACUACCAAUUUAGGGAUGACCAAGAUUUUCGAAUUUGCAAUUUCAGUUCGGCUCACCUUUUUCCGAUGUAAAAUUGAAUUUUAAUGUGGGAUGUCCUCUUGCAAUUUUUUGAUAAAAACACUCCUUUCGUAGUAAAUUUGCACAUUUGCACCCUCGCCGGACCUAUUGGUUUUCUAUAUGCGCCCCGGCCGAGAAUGAGAGGUUGGUACGACCCCCAUCGCCGUUUCGCCCCUAAUUGAGCUAGAGUCUUGGGGAAAGAACGAGCGUGUGCGCCGUUACAAGACGCAGCGAUAGGUAUCCGAUUUUAAGGCCUGAGAUUAACUGGUGACCUCUGAGGUCAGGUAAAGAGGCGCAAGACCUGUUCGGUUUUUGGUGAAUAACUUCGCUCAAAAUGGUCGCAGAUCCACGAUUUUGUCAGCAUCGUGUUUUGCUAUAUCAGGCGCGUCGAAUGGUAUACUUUUUGUUCGGGUGAGAGCAAGUUAGGGUGUUGACCUCGGGUCAAGGUCAGGUCAGGUCCCCUUAGGUCACGACCUUGAUCAAAAAAGGUUAUGCCGCAUAUCAUUUGAUUCGGCAGGUCUUCCUGGGUCCAUUCGUGACUUUUGCGACUCGCUAACUCAAUUUGAUCGGGAGUUAUUGACGAAAAACUCAUAUCACCUUAGGUAUUUGAUACACUCUUUAUUUGGCUUAUCACAAAACAGGAUGGAAUGAGGACAGGUGGUGAUAUUACGCAGAUUGUUCAGCAUUUGCAUAACCUUUUCCUCCCAGUUUGUUUUGCCCUUCCAAGCGCAACUUCUUCGACUCUUCUCCCAAGCUUCUCCACUUCUACCGUGAGACUCUUCUCCUAGAUGAUCACUGGACUGGAGGACUGAAUCUUGCAUUGGAUUUCAGUCACUGCGCCAGGAUAAGCGGAACCAGCUCCUUCACGGUCUCUCUCACACCGAUCUUCUUUCUCGCUCUUUCUUUUUCGAUCAUCAGCUGUUCGUAUAUCAAAAUUCCUCUUUGCAACACAGCCCUU